AGCUAUGGAAUAUAGAAUUGUAAUUUAAAAACAAUGAGAUAAAGAAAAAUAUCUUUCUAUAAAAUCAAUUGUAAUAAUAAUUAUUAUUACAGAAGAUAACAUCACAAUGAAGUCGUUUGUGCUAAUUUUUCUUUUUAUUGGGACUGUUUCAUUAUGUCAAGCAUCCAAGUUACCCAAAUACGAAGUUAAUAAGGCCGUGAUACAUUUAAUGUUACACAAAUAUGUACAAUCGCUAAGAGGUGCUGGCAUUACAGCAAAUUUAAAUGAGUUUGCAGAAAAACUAUUCACCAAUAUUGAAACAUAUGCUGUUGCUAAUGGAUUUGACCCUAGUCCUCUCAAUAAUGUUUCAGCAAAUCUUGUACUUGUAGAUGUUGAAUUAACGAACGGAACACUCCAUGGAAUUUCAACAUUAGACAAAUAUGAUGACGUCUUGGUUUCCUACACACAUGAUGAUAGAACAUUAACCAUUACGUUGCCAAUAACAUUUACAAAACUAGGUUUUGAAUAUAACUAUGCAUUACAUAUAAUGGGAAUAGGUCCAUCAGGAACUAUGGAUGGUCAAAUUUCGAAAUUUAAGUUUUACCUUGAAUUAUGUUUUGACAUCGCCAACUUGGAAUUUAGUAUAAAAGAAUUAAGAACAACAGACAGUGGUCACAUCUCUGUUCACUGGCAUGGGAAUAUAACUGACAUCAUUCUUAACAUUCUAUCGGAAUUCGUAACCACAAUUCUGCAUCCUUUAAUACAAGGAGUUAUCGAAGGAAUAAUCAAGACUGUGGCAUCAAGAGUAGUAGACGAUAUUAAUCAAGUACUUUACGAUAUAACCCAUCCUUCUAAUACCACUAUCAACAUAUCGGAUAUAACGAAAUUUACACAGUAUUCAUUGAAUUAAUAUUAGUUCAAUUUCGAACACAGUGUUCAAAUUCUAAAUAUAUUAUUCCACAUAUUAUAAAAUAUAUUCAGUUUAAAGCAAUUUCUCUAUUAUUAGGUAGUGUUUGAUUUAUUCGUCUCGAUUGUCGAAUAAUAUUUUGUUCUUUCCUGUUAAGUAAAAUUAUCAAAGUUGUAACUUGUACCUAAUUAAUAAAUAAUAUUAGUGAUUGGAUCAAA